UGUGCUAACCUAGCGGCGACUUUGCGAAUCACUCUACAGAAGUCCAGAGACCAUGUUGGGUGCCGUGGCUCGCGCUGGAUCCAGCCUUUUGGCUGGAAAAACCAUCGAAAAACUUGGAAGUGAAUCGUUGAAAGUCGUCUCCGUGUAUAAUGGAUCCCAACGUGGAUACGCUGCCAAGGCGGCAGCCGCCGGCAAGAUCAACGGUAAAGUCGUCGCGGUAAUCGGUGCCGUCGUCGACGUCCAAUUCGACGACAACCUCCCCCCAAUCCUCAACGCCCUCGAAGUCCAAAACCGAUCCCCUCGUCUUGUCUUGGAAGUCGCCUCACAUUUGGGUGAAAACACCGUUCGUACCAUCGCCAUGGACGGUACUGAAGGUCUUGUCCGAGGUCAACCCGUCGUCGACACCGGCUACCCCAUUCGUAUUCCCGUCGGUGCGGAGACUCUCGGUCGUAUUAUCAACGUCAUUGGUGAACCGAUCGACGAGAGGGGCCCUGUACCCACCGACAAACUUGCCUCCAUCCACGCUGAAGCCCCCGAAUUCGUUGAAAUGAGUGUCGAGCAAGAAAUUCUCGUAACGGGGAUUAAAGUCGUCGAUUUGUUGGCUCCUUAUGCUAAGGGUGGGAAAAUCGGGCUCUUUGGAGGCGCUGGAGUCGGCAAAACUGUCUUGAUUAUGGAACUGAUCAAUAAUAUAGCCAAGGCCCAUGGUGGUUAUUCGGUAUUUGCUGGUGUAGGAGAAAGGACGAGAGAAGGGAACGAUUUGUACCAUGAAAUGAUUGAGUCUGGGGUCAUUUCCUUGAAGGAUAAGACAUCGAAGGUAGCGUUGGUGUAUGGACAAAUGAACGAGCCCCCAGGUGCUAGGGCUAGAGUUGCUUUGACUGGAUUGACAGUCGCUGAAUAUUUCAGAGAUCAGGAAGGACAAGACGUAUUGCUUUUCAUUGAUAAUAUUUUCAGGUUUACCCAAGCCGGUUCAGAGGUGUCUGCUUUACUGGGUCGUAUCCCCUCCGCCGUGGGUUACCAACCCACCCUAGCCACUGAGAUGGGUAGCAUGCAGGAAAGAAUUACCACUACGAAAAAGGGCUCAAUUACGUCAGUCCAGGCCAUUUAUGUCCCUGCUGAUGAUUUGACUGAUCCCGCCCCUGCAACCACUUUCGCUCACUUGGACGCCACCACAGUGUUGUCUCGCGCCAUUGCUGAGUUGGGUAUUUACCCUGCUGUCGAUCCUCUCGACUCCACUUCGCGUAUUAUGGAUCCGAACAUUAUCGGUCAGGAGCAUUACAAUAUCGCUCGUGGCGUCCAGAAAAUCCUUCAGGACUACAAAUCACUCCAGGAUAUUAUCGCCAUUUUGGGUAUGGAUGAAUUGUCUGAAGAUGAUAAGUUGACAGUAGCGCGAGCCAGGAAGAUUCAGCGUUUCUUGUCGCAGCCUUUCCAAGUUGCUGAAGUUUUCACCGGUCAUGCCGGAAAGUUGGUACCAUUGCAGGAAACCAUCAAAGGAUUCCAGAAGAUUCUUCAAGGAGAGUACGACCAUUUGCCCGAAGUUGCGUUCUAUAUGGUCGGUCCCAUUGAAGAGGUCGUACAAAAAGCUGAGAAGUUAGCCGAGUCUACUGCUUAAUUUCAUUAUUUCCAUCUAGGUUUCAAAGUCAUUUUUUUAUAUGUAACGUUGUGAACUGUACAUCAUCGCAUUAAGGCGUACUUGUUGUAAUUACUUUUGAUUUUAAGAAAAGAUGUAGGACGUUA